AGGCGGACCCCGCGGCCCGCAGCUCGCCCGCGGUCGGUCGGGCUGGACUGGGCGGUGUCAGCCGAGGCCCUCGCCAGGCGAGACCCGGGCAGCCGCGGCGGCGCCGACGGGAGCGGCAGCGGGGAGACUGGCCAUGGAGACCCGCUACAACCUCAAGAGCCCGGCUGUUAAACGGCUGAUGAAAGAAGCGGCAGAGUUAAAAGACCCAACAGAUCAUUACCAUGCCCAGCCUCUGGAGGAUAACCUUUUUGAAUGGCACUUCACAGUUAGAGGGCCCCCAGAUUCUGACUUUGAUGGAGGAGUCUAUCAUGGACGCAUCGUUCUGCCGCCAGAGUACCCCAUGAAACCACCAAGCAUUAUUCUGCUAACGGCUAAUGGACGAUUUGAAGUAGGCAAGAAGAUCUGUUUAAGUAUCUCAGGACAUCAUCCUGAAACCUGGCAGCCUUCGUGGAGCAUAAGGACUGCAUUGCUGGCCAUCAUUGGGUUUAUGCCAACUAAAGGAGAGGGAGCCAUAGGUUCUCUAGAUUACACACCCGAGGAGAGAAGAGCACUUGCCAAAAAAUCACAAGAUUUCUGUUGUGAAGGCUGUGGCUCUGCCAUGAAGGAUGUCCUGUUGCCUUUAAAAUCUGGAAGUGAUUCAAGCCAGGCUGAUCAAGAAGCCAAAGAACUGGCCAGACAAAUUAGUUUUAAGGCCGAAGUCAAUUCAUCUGGAAAGACUAUCGCUGAAUCAGAUUUAAACCACUCUUUCUCACUAAAUGAUUCACAAGAUGAUUUACCUACAACAUUCCAGGGUGCUACAGCAAGCACGUCGUAUGGAACCCAGAAUGCAUCUGGAGCACCCUUGCCACAACCUACCCAGUCAGCUCCUAAGAGUACCUCCAUGAGCCCUCGGCAGCGCCGAGCCCAGCAGCAGAGUCAGAGAAGGUCAUCCACUGCCCCUGACGUCAGCCAAGGCCAGCCACCAAGAGCCAACCACACAGAGCACGGCGGGUCAGCCAUGCUGAUCGUCAUCCUGACUUUGGCAUUGGCAGCUCUUAUAUUCCGGCGAAUAUACCUGGCCAAUGAGUACAUAUUUGACUUUGAGUUAUAAUGCUGGUUUGUGACUAAGAGCUGUGACUCGGUUGCUUCAUUAAACAUUCUGCAUUGGGUAUAACCUAA